CUGUCACUCCCACAUAUCGCGAGAGUUGGAGAUUACGUUUGCGGAAGUUUACAUUCUGUUUGUAAAAACGUGUCGCUCAUGGAAGCUGUGAGAAGAUCCAGUUGCGGGGUAUUCUUUCUUUUUUUAGCUUGCUUGCUCCUGUCAGUGUAGCAGCCCUCAACAAUGAAUUCCGUUUUAAUUAAAGCGGUUUUGUCCAGCUCUCCUGACUACGACCUUUUGUUUGAGUCUCUGGCCUGGCCGAGUGACUCAUGGCCGGGGACGGAGCGAGUGGAUGCGCUGACAGCUUUCAUUGAAGGGCUCGGACCAUUUUUGGCCGAGUCGGACACGACUCCGUUUUCAGCUGCGAAAAGAAAAUCUGUUAUAGAUAAAAUUAACUCUGUGCUUUUGACCCAGUGUCUACCCCUUCUCUGCACAAUAUCAUUAGAAGCCGGUGGAGGUAUGCGGUGCAGGGAGAGCACCGCUGCUGCCUGCCGACUUGUGAGUGUCUGUGCCCCGCUAUGUGACGAGGAUGUGUCGGGGCGGGUAGCUCUGUCUGUCCUGCUGUCGCUCCAGCUGUCAGAGGAGGAGGUGCCCGGUCCGGGAAGACUCAGUGUGGAGGUUGCCAGUGAAGUCAUGGCUGCAUUAAUACCUUCUCAGUCAGCGGAUGAACAGCUCACACUCACCACCCUGUCAUCUGCUUUGUCCUGCAUCAAAACACUCCCUGGUGCACUGGUCUCUAAAAUCACAGUAAGACUUCUCUUAACUGUCCUGAACUGCUGCAGCGGUACAAGGCUACCAGGCAUCCUCAAGUUGAUCUUGGAUGAUCUGUGCAGCUGGCACUCCACUGAUCGCACACCUGUGGUCACAGAGAGGGCACUGCUGUGUUUCACCGCCCUGUCAGACCACCUGUUGAAAUCUCACAGCCUUCCUUCCUCUUCUUCCUCCUCCUGUGAGCCCGACCCUCGUCUGUCCCUUCAGUUCUGGAGGAUGGUUCAGGAUGGACUGACGCACAGAGACAGUGUGUCACGUAAGAGAGCGUUGUACCUGCUGAAAACGUGCUUGGCCCUGUCAGAGGAGGAGGGGGUGGACUGUCCUCUCUCUCCAUCAGAGGAAGAUUGCAUCUUGUUCAAAUGGGCCUCUAACAAGAGCAAGUUGCUUAGAGAGUUCUGGGAGGAUUAUGCUCUGGUGAUGGAGACCCUAGAGGAAAAUCAGAUUCAUGUUGUCCGGCCUGUGCUAAACAGAAUUGACACGUUGAUCCAAACAACAGUGACUGAUAUUCAAGCUUCAGAUCAAGGCUUCUUCCACCCCUCCUGGCUGCUGUGUGUGUACCAGCGGAUGUUCCACAGCGAGAAUAAAUCCUUAAUGAGAGAGGGAGUGUGUCAUCUGCUCGACCUGCAGGUCCUCCAGCAGCCAGCCCUUGCUUUGGCCUUUUCUCAGUUCAUCGUUGGCCCUUUUAUGGAUGUUCUGUCUGAAACUUCGCUCUUCCACAGGUCAGUUGGGCAGAGUGUGGGAGAUUGUCCGGAGCUCGGGGCUAAACUCCAAAUCUUCAUGGUCACCUUCUUCGGCAGCCUACCGCCAGAGCAUAGAGGCCGUGUGUUACUACAGAUGAUUCAGCAGCUGUGCUCUAAGCACUGGUGUGCAGCACCCCUCCUCUUCCUCUCCCAGGCUCUAACCAAACUGCCCCCUAGUCCACUGCUGGGGAUCGACGGGCUCACUGCUUUCAGAGAGGUGCUGCACAGCACCAUGAUCACUCAUCAAGUCCUGCUGAGAGGUGCUGCUCAGGGUUUCCUUCUGAAUAGCGCCCUCUGUCUCACAGAAGUGAGUGCAGUGACCCUCGAUGAUGUUUUUAGUUUCCUGAUGCAUUUUCGGGCAGACGAGUCACUCUGUAGAGGGACGCAGAUUUGGAAUCAGUCGUGUGCCUGGCUAUUGGACAAUGAAGGCAGUUUCAAACCUAGGAUUAUGGAUGGAGAUUGCACUGGUGCUGCCACAAAGAAAGAAACCGUAAGAAGCUAUGUUCAAAGCGAGAUGAACACCUAUCUCCGAGUCCCAGCUAGCACAGGUCACACUGAGAGGUUACCUGACUCCAGAGAAGCUGAUAAGUUGGCAAGGGCCAUUCUGCUGUGCGUGGACAUGGAGAGGAAUCAACUCGGAGCAGAGAUCGGUAACACUCUGGAGUCAUUACUGUCUCCGCUGCUUGACACUCUGAGCAGAGUCAGCACCAAUAUCUACUUGCCUCUGCGUAAGAGCGACAAGAGCCUGCAGCUCAUGCUCCGACUGUUCCAGCUUGGAGGAACACCAAGCUGCCAGCAUGUUGGAGAGGAGCAAGUGGAUGACGUGAUGGUUUCCAUGGAGAGGCUCAUUUUUAAACUUGUCGACCCAAUCCAGGAGUUUAUCUUGAGGCGGCUGCUCGGGGAGCUGCGAGAGCUGUUUGAUGUGGAGCGGGCAGAGCUGUAUCUGUGUGUCGUCAGGCAGCUGGUGGUCAUGUACAGUUCUGCACCACAGCACCACAGUAAAAUCCAGCAGACCUAUUUUCCUAAACUCAUCAAGUACAGCCUCAAGGUCCUGCAAGAGCCGAGCCAGCAGAUCCACUCUGUGGCAAACCAGGUGGCUAGAGUGGUUGCUAUGGCAUCCCUGGCUACGGUAUGUGGUCUCGUGGAGCAGGAAGUGAUCGACAUGCGAUCAGAGACCGUUUCUUUGAUGAAAUCACUGACCGAGUACUUCUACAAUCCAGUGUCAACCUCCUGCCAACGUCAGUCCUCUCUGGGAAACUUCAACCAAUGGCUGCAAAAACCGCAGGCAGGAGACUGGCUCAAGGUCAGUGAAACUCAUGAUGUAGGGGUGCAGGGUCGUCUGCUGCAGGACUGGGGACGCACCGCUGCCAAUUUUUUGCGGGACCAGUGGAUUUGUCUGAGCUUCCUGAUUAAGGCUGUUGGGAUUCCCGAGUCUGUAGAGAUUUCCAGAGCGUCCGAAACUCUCCAGGCUGCUCUGAGCUGCAGUGUGGAGGCCCUGGCUCUGCUGCCCAGUGACCUGGUGCUGCCUGUGCUCAGCUUUAUGGAGACAGUGCUGCCACAAUUACUACUUGAUGAGGAGACUCAGUGUGCAGAGGCUGUAACUCUGAGCUGGGAGCUGGUGCAGGGUCUGAGCACUAACGCCCAUGACUUCUGGCCAGCCCUGAAAGGCUUCAUCUCCAUGGCCUUCCACCGUAAGCUGCUCGAGCUGACGGACACUUCUGCUCCGACACUUCUGGCCACCUUGAAACAGAUUGCCACUGAGCUGAUGGAGCUGUCUCAGUCAAAGAGCGGAGUGUUCGGUGUGCUGCUUCAACACUGCUGUCAGACCUGGCUGCCCACAAGUCGUGGCAGCGGCGACACCGUGUUUUCUAGUGCUUUCAGCCACAUCAACAUUCUCACUGAGGCUUGUGUCUAUGGACCAGUGUUCAGGAGAGAUCAACGGCUCAUCCAGGAUGUCCAGAUAUAUGUGGAGCAACUUGGUGAAGAGUGCGCUGCCAAUGUUGCAGUUACAAGUGAUAACAGAGAUGACCAGUUGCCCCGCACAUGUGUACUGGCUUUCCUCAGCCGCUUGGAUUCCUCUAAUCGGCAGCAUGAAAAACUAAUAGAGGAAUUAGUUAUGGACUUGUUGAAAAAGGAUAAUGACAUAUCCAAGUCAAAAGGGCGUUACUAUAGCAACUCCCUGCAACAUCGUAUCAAAAACAGAGUAUGGCAAACACUGCUGCUGCUGCUGCCCAAGCUCAGAGAGGAGUUUGCCGCCACUGUCCUGAACCAUGUGUUUGAAGCUGGAUUCUGCAGUAACCAUGCCUCAGUCAAGUACCUGAUCGAGUGGAUGAUGAUUCUGAUCCUCACCCGUUAUCCACAACACAUGGACAGCUUUUGGGUCUGCUUCAACGGGGAUCUCGAAAAGACCAAGACAAGCAUAUGCACCUUCCUGUCAGUCCUGGUACACUUCAAUGUCAUCAUUCCUAAUCUUCAGGAUAAGGAUGUGCAUUUGCGUAAAGCGCUGGACAUCAUCCUGCAGUGGUGUUUCAACCAUAACUUCAGCGUGCGCCUGUAUGCCUUACUGGCCCUGAAGAGGGUGUGGAGCCUGGCUGGGGUCUGGGCAGAGGAAGGAUGGGGAGGGCUCGCCACUGUGAUCAAGGCCUGUCUGAACCAGGCUGAGACCAUGCAGAGCACCGGGAACGCCAACAAGAACUGGACGAGGAUUCAGGAGCACUUCUUCUUUGGCGCCUUUCAUCCUCUCAGGGAUUACAGUGUUGAGACCAUAUUCAAUACGUUCCCCGUUCUGUCAGAGUUGGCUGAUGACGAGUGGAUUCCACCCUGGAAGUUUGAGAAACUGUCGUGUUUUUCUGAAAGUCCAUCUUUUCCUUUGAGAAAUCCUGCUCCUGACCUGAGCCAGCUCCAGCCUGGAGACUGGAUCCAGCAAGACAAAGGCGAGCAGAACAAGGAGGAGCGUUGGGCCGAGGUGCAGAAGAAGAUCACUCCCUGGAGGUUGGGGAUCCAUGAGCAGGAGCCUGAACUUCAGCUGGUUCCACAACAGAGGGCUGCUCGACUGGGCAAACAGCAUGGCGCCCUGCUGGUGGUAGCCUCACUUAUCGACAAGCCCACUAAUCUAGGAGGUCUGUGCCGGACCUGUGAGAUCUUCGGUGCCAGCACUCUGGUUCUGGACAGCCUCCGCCAUGUCAGUGACAAACACUUUCAGUCCCUGAGCGUCUCGUCUGAGCUGUGGCUUCCUCUGUUAGAGGUGAAGCCAAUGGAGCUCACUGACUUCCUGCAGGUGAAGAAGAGUGAAGGGUAUUGUAUUGUUGGAGUGGAGCAGACGGCCAACAGUCAAAGUCUCCAGGACUACCAGUUCCCUGAGAAGACCCUGCUACUUCUAGGCAAUGAACGAGAAGGUAUUCCUGCAAAUUUACUCCAAAUGUUUGAUGUGUGUGUGGAGAUCCCUCAACAAGGGGUCACCCGUUCACUUAACGUGCAUGUGAGCGCUGCCUUGCUGAUCUGGGAGUAUACACGGCAACAUCUCACCUCAGCUGAAGUCUACUCCAAACCUGAAAACUGAAGAAGAAGAAACCAGCAGUGCAGCCCUAUGGACGUGACAUCUGACCUGCACAUGUUGACCUUACUUGCUCCUCUCUGUUAGCAAAUGUGAAAAGCAUCUUGAGGGACAUGAAGACGCAGUUAAUGCCGGGACUUAAAGGAUCUUCAUGUUCAUGGACUCUAUCCUUUUGAGGAUGUAAUGUGGUCAGCGGUCUUCAGCACUGCUCUUGUGCCUUUAAUGAGAAUCAUGAAUAAAGAUCGGCUCUGGUUUAUGCGUCGAAAUAUUCCACUAGGCAUGCUGUUAUAUUAAUGGAGGUAAUCUCAGAGCAGAAACAUUAAUGGAAACGUCUUGCUUAUGUGAGCAAUUAUUAUUUUUUCCUCAUUGCACCCGGACUGAACUAUAAUGUUCAUACCCAGGAAACUAUUAUACUUAAUGUAUUAUUGCUGCUUAUGUUAAUGCAUACUUUCUAGUGUUUAUGUUUUUAUUGUAGUUUCUGAUUAUUAAAUAACUGUUUUUUAUACAGUUGAAUAAAUAUAACUUUGAUAUUA